AUGUCCAACAUCCUUCUCAUCAACGGCCCCAACCUCAAUCUACUGGGCACCCGUGAACCACACCUGUACGGCACCACAACCCUCCAAGAUGUCGAAGACAACGCAAAGACCCUAGCCGCCGCCAAAGGAGUCUCACUUGAAACUUUUCAAUCCAACCAUGAAGGCCACAUUAUCGACCGCCUCCAUGAAGCCCGCGGCCAGGUUGAUAUCGUGAUUAUCAAUCCCGGGGCAUUCACGCAUACUAGCGUUGCACUUCGAGAUGCGCUGCUUGGAGUGUCGAUUCCCUUUAUCGAGGUUCACCUCACGAACAUCCACACUCGAGAGCCAUUUCGACACCACAGCUAUUUCUCGGAUAAGGCGAUUGCUUGUAUCAUUGGGCUAGGGACAUAUGGCUAUGAAGCUGGGAUUGAGUAUGCAGUGCGGUUUAUCAUCAAGGAGUGA